AUGAAACGCAAGACAGGAAGAGAAUCGCAGGGUACCAAUGGCCAGCCCGACUCCAAGAAGCGCGCGUUGUCGCACGAAGAGGUAGCCACGCGCUUUCGCGAAGGCCUGUUUGACAGCGCGGAGCUGCAGAAGUACACCACGGCUUAUGCCGAGUCGAAGCCGUAUCUGCAUGGCGUAAUCCACCCCGUUUUCAACGAUUCCCUACUGCGAGCGGUCCGCGACGAAAUUCAAGAACAUCUCCACUUUACCGAAAAGGAAACGGACAUCUACAAGAUCUUCCAAUCGGGCGACUUGGCAAACCUGGACGGACUGGACGAUGCGUCUCUUUCGCGACUCCCGUCGUUGCUGAAGCUUCGCGAUGCCAUGUACUCGCAGCGAUUCCGCGAGUACUUGGCCGGAGUGACCGGUUCGGGCAAGCUCAGUGGACGCAAGACGGACAUGGCCAUUAACGUCUACAACGAGGGAUGCCACCUACUCUGUCAUGACGACGUUAUUGGAAGCCGUCGCCUUAGUUAUAUCCUGUAUCUGACCGACCCGGAUACCCCAUGGCAGGCUGAGUGGGGUGGUGCGCUGCGGCUGUACCCCACCACGACAGAGAAGGAUGUCAACGGGGAGGACGUGAAGAUCCCCAGCCCCGACUACAGUCUCAGCAUUCCACCAGCGUUCAACCAGCUCAGUUUCUUCACUGUGCAGCCCGGCGAGAGUUUCCACGAUGUGGAGGAGGUGUACUAUCCCAAAGAGGGGGAGGACAAGUCGAAGAAGCGGGUCCGUAUGGCGAUCAGUGGCUGGUUCCACAUUCCCCAGGAGGGCGAGGAUGGAUUCGAGCCGGGUCUGGAGGAGAAGCUGGCAGAGCGCAGCAGUUUGGCUCAAUUGCAGGGACGUGGUGACAUCUACGACCUGCCGCAGCCGCAGACGGUCGUGUACGAUGAGAAGCCAGUCGAUGAGGACAAGGGCAAGGGUAAAGGCAAGGCCAAGGACGAGGACGAAGAGAUAACCGGAACCGAAUUCACCGAAUCGGACCUUGGGUUCUUAGUGCAGUACAUCAAGCCGUCGUACCUGACCCCGGACAUUGCGGAGGAAAUGUCAGAGACGUUCAGCAACGAGUCAUCCCUCAGUCUUGAGCGUUUCCUGUCAGACAAAUUCGCCACCCGAGUGCGGUCAUACAUCGAAGAGCAGGAGAAGCAGGGUCUGCCCCCGUCAGCAGAGGAGAUCCAUGCACAGACGGGGUGGACGGUGGCUCGACCGCCGCAUAAGCAGCGAUAUGUGUAUAAGCAGCCAUCGGCGACGGAAUCUAAAUCGCCGAUCGACGAACUACUGAACGAUCUGUUCCCGUCGCAGGCGUUCCGGAAAUGGCUGAAGCAUGUUACGGGGUCUGAUCGGGUGACGAGCCAUAAUGUAUUGGCCCGGCGGUUCCGUCGCGGACAGGACUACACAUUGGCCAGUGGCUACGACGGCGAGGAGCCGCGACUGGAGUUCACUCUUGGUCUGACCCCGACACCGGGAUGGGAGAAGCAGUCUGAUGAGGAGGAAGAGGACGAAGACAAUGAGAACAAGAACGGCGAAUCCGCAGAAAGCAGCGAACCCAAGGGUAAGAUCAAGUCCGCCGACGACGACGAGGACCUAGCCGUUGGCGGCUACGAACUCUACAUGGCUGGCGAUGGCGAUGACGAGGAGGACGCAGCGAUCUACCGUUCCGCCGAUGCCGAUGAAGACGACGGGAUUUUACUCACAACUGCAGCGGGCUGGAACCGACUGAGCAUUGUGUUGCGGGAUCAGGGGACGCUGAAGUUCGUCAAGUACGUUAGUGCAGCGGCCAAGGGCGAUCGGUGGGAUAUCACGGGAGAGAUGGGGGUUGAAUAUGAUGACAAUGAUGACGAUGCGGAUGAAGAGGAAGGGGAGGGCGAUGAUGAGGGUGACGAUGAAGAGUAG